GUUUCAUGGCGACUGUGCGGUUGAACUCGAGAGCGGCUUUGAAAGGAAAACGCCGGUGUUUGUUACAAAAGCAAAACCCGAUCACACAUAAAAUAAAUAGCGAGAUGUAAAUAUUUGCGGACGAAAAUCGUAAAGGCGAUUUUUAAUAAAGGAAACUGACAAUGGCGGACAAAAUGGUACGGAGCGAUUGGAAGCGGCAUUCAAUGCCAUAUGACACUACAUUCGAACCGCCUGCCUCAAAAAUCUCUUCUGUCGAUAAAAUGUUGGACGAGGCGAUGGAGGCGUUCACUUCCGGUCAAACCGGAUAUGGGACGAACCAGCCGGUUCCGCGCAUGCGUGGUGGUCAGAAAACCUGUACAAUGGGUCGCGAUAGGAAAAAGUGCAUCAGCAUGAUUAAGCCGGACGGUUUUGAGUUAUCGACGGACGAAUAUACCCCCGGCGUUCUAAAAGUGUUCGGAGAGUCGAUAUGUGCCGGGGUACAAUACAAAAGUGUCUUGGCAUCGUGUCGAUCAACCGCGCAGGAGCUCGUAAAGCAAGCGCUUGAGCGAUUCGGUCUACCGGCAUCAGAUUACCGAUAUUACGUGUUAUGUGAUGUCGUCGGUAGAUACGAUUUAAGCGCCGAAGACUUAGACCGCAGUGAGGACAGAUUGGAAAAAUGGGAGCGGGUUUUCUCGAGAGUCCUCGCCGACCGCGACAAGCCGCUUCUUCUGCAAAAGUUCUGGAAGCCCAUUGAGAACUUUGGCCGACGGUAUGAGCUGCGCAGGCGCGAUGACGUGAUGGAUCUGACCGACGACGACGAUACGUCGGGAAUCAACGAGAAUGCGCGGAAGAUUCUGAUAUCCAAGCUGCGACCGGGCGCUAUUCCGUUGUUCGACGCUACGACGCUGGCACGCGAUAACACGGCGUUGAGGCUUGAUUUUAAGCGCCAGGAACGCGCAGUGCCGACAGAGGGUUUGGACCAGCGCCGCAUGGAGAAAUCCGCCACACUUAAGACAAGUUCGGAAGAAACGAACGGUGUUAUCCCGACUAAACACCCGUUUUUCGUGAAUAUUCGCGGAUUUGACGUUAAACGGGAUAAAUUAGUGUAUGUGAUAAAAUCGAAACGGUUUACGUUUGGAAAUCCAAAUUUAAAAUCGCACAAAUCGAAAGACGAGUACCUGCGGUUCAAUCUCUUCGCCCCGGAUAUAAACGGCGUUCAUUGUUGUUUUAAAGUGUACAAGUUAAAACGUUCGAACGGUGCAACGGAUAACGUCAUCGAUCGGAAUAACUAUUUUCUGGAAUUAACGCCGUUGGCACAUAACAUCUGCGUUAACGGCCGAAACAUCAGCGGUAAAAUCGUCGUCAAAAGCGGGGACGUGCUCAAUAUCGGUCUGUACUAUGUGUUCUUGUUUAAAGACUGUAGCAAAGGCUUCGAUAUUCCGCUGUCGCUGCCCUGGCUUGACGUUCCUGAAACGGUCGACACUCGCGAGAACGGAAUCGACGGCGGCGACAUGUGCGCGCCAUGCGACGAGGAAUCGACGUCUGGAACGGAGUCGGCCGACACAUCGAUGUCUGAGCGCAUGAGUCUGGCGUACCAAAGCGACAAAGAAGAGGAGCUAGUGAAGUAUAUAUGUGCAAUAAUACAGCAGCAAAACACGUGCAAGACUUACCCGCUCACUGUGGCGUUCCUGUUCAGUAUGUGCAUCGAGCACGCCAGCCGGAAGUUCGAGUUACGGCAGCUGAAGCACCUGUUCCUGCGAAUUCUCUUCACCAUCCGAGAAAACGUAGCGGAAACGGCAAAAUCACUUUCAGCUGGGAAAUUUUCAUGCGCUCUUCUUGACGUGUCGUCUGCUGCCACUGACCGCGAUCACAAGCUCGAACGUCUGCUGCUGUGGAUUUCUAACUGCGUGCAGCUCCUGCUCUUCCUCAAGCACACCUUUCAGCUACCGGAAAUGGACACCGUCUCGGAACGAGGCGCCACUAAGGGUCGCCAGAAUGACCGGAAGUCGAAAAAAGAGGAGAACGCUAAGCACGCGCUUGGACAGCUGGUUACUGGCCUUGAAGAGAUUAUUAUGUUCUGCUUUCAACAGAGCGUGUACACAAUCACUAAGGCGCUGCAUCCGGUCCUACCUGCACUGCUAAACAGCAACCCGUUCAGCGACGCUAACUCUGAACAGUGUUCCAUGGAGGACGUGGUGCGCAUGCUCGACACGCUAGCGGAAGUGACGCACGAAGCGAUGCUUCACGAGAGCAUCACGCGUCAGCUGUUCACCUACAUUUUCUUCUUUACGAACACAAACCUCUUCAAUAAACUUGUUGUCGAAGAGAGCGGUACUCAGUACUACCAGUGGCAGAGCGGGGUGCGGGUGCGCGCCAACCUGGGUCAACUGGAGGACUGGGCCACGCGGAACGGACUCGAGGACGAGUUCGGGCAGAUGUUCGAGCGUCUCCUUGCGGUCACAGAGCUCCUUGCAACCUCCAAGAACACUCUAGUCAAGUACCACUGGACGAUGAUGAAGACCCACUACCAGCCUCUGACGUCAUCCCAGCUAUACCACAUGAUCACCCAUUACCAGCUCGGGCGCCACAUGCCCGCCAUCUGGGCACCCUCCCCGGAGGAAAUGGACGAGAUUCGUUCUCAAGACAUCAGUCAUCUACCUCUCUCCUCACAUCCGCCGUUCGCACUUCCUGACAACUGUGGCCUCGUGGAUCUCGUGCGCACACCGGAAGACGCCUCGUUUUGGAACACGUUACGUCGGCUGAAGUCUUUGUACGGAAGCUCGGAAGACGACAGUGACAGCGGUUUCAGUAUCAGUAACACUCCGCGGUGUUCAAGUUCGGCGACCAAUGGGGAGUCGUCUUACAACCAGGAAUGGAUCGCGACCAAUGGAAACAAAGAUAACACAGACGACCAAGACCAGACAUAUGCAACCAUACAAAAAACUCGGUUGCGAAUUCCAGCAAAAGACGGCUUAACUCAAUGGGUCGCCAAACCGGGUACCGGAGUGUGUAGCUGCGCUGAACACACAGAAAGUGAUGACUUAGAACAUACUUCUCUAGCACACGACCUACUGAUGGACGAACGGCGGGAAACUUUGGAAACAGCCGACUUGUACAGAGCACUUCACGAUGUGAAAGACAAUUCUGUAUUAAAACAAAAAAGUCUGUCUCAACUUAAAGCGUCUUUAAAUGUAAAAUCAAUCAUAAAUAAAUCAGAAACGAAAGAAAUUAACACUCCAUCGAGGUAUCUAAAAAACGGUCAAGUGAGUGGAAACGUAGCGGAUUGCUCUGCGAGAACUCUGCCACGUUCUCUUCAAAUCAAGUACAGAAACUUAUCCUCAGGGCUUAAAGCCAAACAAUUGCAGAAAAGGUUCAAACAGGGGCAGAGUUUUAGUGUUGAAGACUUGCCUACCCAGAUGUUGACUCAUAGGCCCCACGCCUCGUUUGAGGAGGCGAUAGAGAGAGGCUAUACCUCGGACACCCCGAAUAAAAACUCCGAAAGCAUCUCGGAGGAAGAAAGUUCUCCAACAAACACGUCCUCAACGUCAGAUUGCAAUAGUCCGAACGUAACUAUCAAAGCGCCGAGGACACCGCGAAAUGGUAUUAUCCGACGUCAUAAGUCGUUAGUGACGUCAGUAACAAGCUCAGUGUUUAGUGACGAUGUUUUCGUAGAUAAUGCGAAAACUGAUAGCAGUUUUCAAGGGCAUCAUAGCUUGCCGAUCAAAUUCUCGACUUUUAAACCAAUUUCUACCUCAGAACAGGCUGAUAGUAAGCUUUCAAAACAUCGCUCAAACCUCCAUAAAUUGACCGAGGUGAGUUUCGAUAAGAGUACCAGACGAUCUUCAAUCGAACUCACAAGGGACGAUCUCUACUUUAACCACGCAGACGACACUCUGGAGCAGACGAUAUGCUCUGUAAACGUGCGAAAAAGCGCAGAUGAAGACGACAUCGGAAGUGACGACGAUGAGGCGUCAUUUGAAGACGGCCAAGAACUGUUUCCGGGCGAACUGUUUACAGAAGUGAACGAAAAAACGCUGUCCGCCAUGAAGCGUCACGGAAGUUCCCUCAACGUGGCACCUUCCUGCGAGAAUAGCCCGAAUUUAUUUGCACAUAAAUCGUAUGAGAAAGUCUCGGAGAUCAUCGGUGUGGACGAGAACAGCCGCCGGAUGUCGCCAUGUCCCAUGUACACCGUGUACCUGCAGAAACAAGAUGGCGGACUGGGUCUGGCGCUGAUCGACGGCUUGCACACGUCGCUGCGGCUCGCCGGCAUCUACAUCCGGAGGAUCCAGCCCGACAGCCCGGCGGCCCGGAACGGCUGUCUGCAGGUCGGUGACCGGAUACUCGCAGUCGACGGCGCGAGCGUCAUCGGAGCCGACUAUCAGAGGACCAUGAACAUGAUCCUUGACGCUGGCGAUACGCUGACGCUGAUGAUUGCCCGGGGUAACGAAUCCAUGGCAACCAAAGUGUCCGUCUCUCAAGUGUAGUCAAACGCCUAUGCCGGGCUAUGCCGAAAUAUACCGAACUAAGCCGAACCUUUUAGAGCUAUGCCGAGCUAUUCCGAUGCCUUCUUCGCCGACUACGUCGAUCACGUGAUUCGUCUUGUCUUCCAGAUUCUUUAGUAUUAUUCUGUUCCCCGUAAAUGCCUGCUAAAUAAACAUGUCUAUAAGUGUA